UUUUAUUUGUAUUUCAGACAUACAGUAUCACCUCACACCUAUUAAUUUAACCAUCUAACUUCAUAAACACAUACAGCGAGUGUCAUAUGUGGCCACUAAUAUACUGAUAAACUGCCAUUGUCCUCAUUCCUGGCCUAAUCCCGGACACUCCCCCCUCACUGUAAUCUGAUUAGACUUGUGUCUGCCUGAAGGUCCGUUUGUUUAUGUGACUUCAGACACUGGAACACUGUCACGGCUUCAGACUCAAGAGGGUUUCUCACCAUCAACUGCUGCCAAACACCAUGCCUGUGUUUUAUUCUUCCCUUGAGAGCUUGCACCUGGGCUUGGCCCACAUGGGCAGCUCCAUGUUUACCAACAACAGGACGUCAGACAGCGACAUCACCAGGGAGCAGAGGGACCAGGAGAAUGACACACCUGUGCUGAAUGAGCUGGUCUCCCAUCUUCCCCUGCAGAUGUUGCUGUACUUCAACACAUUUUAUUUCCCCUGUUGGUGGUUGUCUGCUGUGUCCAUGCUGGAAGUCAAGUUCCACCAUCUGCCACAGUAUUACCAGGCUCUGCUUAUUACUGGGAUCGUCCUCCUGACAGUCGUUGAAGUUGUGCGUCUUUAUCUGGGUUUCAUUGGCAAUCUAGAAGAAAAGGUGCCAGAGCUGGCAGCCUUCUGGCUCCUGUCUUUCAUCUUCCAGCUGCCGGUGCUGCUUUUCUUCUCGACUGAUGAAGGAAUUAUUAUCCUGCCUCUGGAAAGGGCUGUCCACUUCCUGUACCUCCUCUUCCUCCUCGCCCAGAUCCUGGCCUCCUUCCUGGCACUCAGGACCAUGACCCGAAAACUCACUCUCCUCUUCCAUCUGCGUGAGUUGGGAACGGUGGAGAGCUUCCAUCGGUCAGGGAUGAGUCCUGUUUAUGGGUUGUCGUACCAUCGUAGUGUGCUGCCUCUCUCAGCGACCCAUUAA